CCCUCUCCCGCCCUCGCUCCUCUGUCACUUCCUGAUUCCCGCUUCCUGCUUCCCAGAGAUCGGGAUCCCAAGCUGCCCGAGGCCGCCGCCGCAGCCCCCGGGAACCCCGACAUGUCCUUCCGAAAAGUAGUGCGGCAGAGCAAAUUCCGGCAUGUGUUUGGGCAGCCAGUCAAGAAUGACCAGUGCUAUGAGGACAUUCGAGUGUCCCGUGUUACCUGGGACAGCACUUUCUGCGCAGUGAACCCCAAAUUCCUGGCUGUGAUUGUAGAGGCCAGCGGUGGGGGUGCCUUCCUGGUGCUCCCUCUAAACAAGACGGGCCGCAUUGACAAGGCCUAUCCGACGGUGUGUGGGCACACAGGACCUGUCCUAGACAUUGACUGGUGUCCCCACAAUGAUGAAGUCAUUGCCAGCGGCUCAGAGGACUGCACAGUCAUGGUGUGGCAGAUCCCAGAGAAUGGUCUGGUUUCCCCACUGACAGAGCCAGUGGUGGUGCUGGAGGGGCACACCAAGCGCGUGGGUAUCAUCACCUGGCACCCCACCGCCCGAAAUGUGCUGCUCAGUGCAGGCUGCGACAAUGUGGUGCUCAUCUGGAAUGUGGGCACUGCAGAGGAGCUGUACCGCCUGGACACCCAGCACCCCGACCUCAUCUACAAUGUCAGCUGGAAUCGCAAUGGGAGCCUCUUCUGCACGGCAUGCAAGGACAAGCGCGUGCGCAUCAUCGACCCCCGCCGGGGCACCCUGGUGGCAGAGCGGGAGAAAGCCCAUGAGGGGGCUCGGCCCAUGCGGGCCAUCUUCUUGGCAGACGGCAAGGUGUUCACCACAGGCUUCAGCCGCAUGAGUGAGCGGCAGCUGGCACUCUGGGACCCAGAAAACCUCGAGGAGCCUAUGGCCCUGCAGGAGCUAGACUCAAGCAAUGGGGCCCUGCUCCCCUUCUAUGAUCCUGACACCAGUGUGGUCUACGUUUGUGGCAAGGGUGACUCCAGCAUCAGGUACUUUGAGAUCACGGACGAGCCCCCCUACAUCCACUUCCUGAACACAUUCACCAGCAAGGAGCCCCAGAGGGGCAUGGGCAGCAUGCCCAAGCGGGGCUUGGAGGUCAGCAAGUGUGAGAUUGCCCGGUUCUACAAACUGCAUGAGCGAAAGUGUGAGCCCAUUGUCAUGACUGUGCCAAGAAAGUCCGACCUCUUCCAGGAUGAUCUGUAUCCUGACACGGCCGGGCCUGAGGCGGCCCUGGAGGCGGAGGAGUGGGUGAGCGGGCAGGAUGCCGACCCCAUCCUCAUCUCACUGCGGGAGGCCUAUGUGCCCAGCAAACAGCGAGACCUGAAAGUCAGCCGGCGCAACGUGUUAUCCGACAGCCGGCUGGCCAGCUCCAGCCGGCCAGGAGCCUCCACAUCUGCUGCCACCACCGCUGAUGCCACCCCCAGUGGCAGCCUCACAGGAGCUGAGGAGGCCGGGAAGCUGGAAGAAAUCCUGCAGAAGCUUCGGGCAUUGCAGGCACUGAUCAAGGAGCAGGGGGACCGUAUCAGCCGCCUGGAGGAGCAGCUUGGCCGCAUGGAGAAUGGGGAUGCGUAGGACCACAGCCCCCAGGUCCACCCCUCGCUGCAUCCCCUCCUUCAUUCCCUUCUCAUUCAGCUUCUGCUGGCAGGUCACGCACUGGCUGCUGACUAUACAAGGGCCUCUGUGGCAGGUCAGGGACCAGUUUGUACCUGACCAGGUCUGGGGCCCAGGUUGGAGCCACCGCCCAGCUCUGGUCAUUGUUACUGUGGAGGAUUUUUAUACCAAGGCAAGCUCGCUUGUACUCUGAGGGACCAUCUCUCCCACCUACCCAGCCGCCCCCCCCAGAGGAAGUGGCAGGGAUGAGCUCUAUAUUUUCAUUCCAAAUAAAAUUUUCUUUCUAAAA